CCCUGUGCUAGUGCAUCCCAAUCAAAUAUCUAUUUUUAAGGUUUCUUCAAUCAGCUGUACUUAUGUAAAUAAGAAUUCAGGAGUCAGUUGAUGGGGACCACAUCACAGAAGUGUAAUUUAUAAGUAGCAUUUUUGUAUCAAGUGCUUGAAGCUUGUCCAUACUUGCCUCAACCAUUGUCAAGUUUGCUGGUUUCCGUAAUAUAGGAAUAAGGUGGCUAUUGACUACUGCCUUCAGCAGAUAAAUAUUUCCUCCACUGUAGCUGGUGUCUGUGUUGCCUGAUACUGUGGCACUGUGGGACUAGGCUCUUCACAUUCUGCAACUUACUUUUGAGGCUAGACAGUGACCGCUGCCUCUGGCUAUUUUUGUCCUUAAUUGUGAACUGGAAUUUUUCCAGCCAUCCAGGAGGAUCUUUGAAAAAGUUGGGUAUUUUUUGUUUGAAAAGGUAAUUGUACAAUGAGGAUUUUCAUCGCUUUUGAAGGAUCUUUUGAACCAUUUGAUGUUUCAGCAGAUGAAACUGUGGAGGUUGUCAAGCUGAUGAUAAAGACAAACAAGGCAGGCGGUAUCUGGAGUUAAUGUAUGCUGGAGCCGCUCUAAAGGACAGUUGGAAUCUUGCUGAUGUUGGAAUAUCUUUCUGCUCAACUCUCAAAUGCUUUGUUAAGGAAGAAGACAAGCCUACUCUAUACGUGUUCAAUGCUGUAACUCAAGACACAAUGCCAAUAAUGGAGAGCACUUCCCUUCUUGAUAAAACAGUGUCUGAUCUGAGAACACUGGUAACUCUGAGAUGUGGCCUCCCUGCACAACACUUCGCCUGGAUGUCUGGGAUGGAUGGAAGGAAUUUCUGAUGGGUUGUCUCCUUGGACAAAAACUUAAAGUCCAACGCUACUUAUCAAAAGAAGGACCAGUACUCAAGUAUCAGAAAAGGGUAGCCCUGUACAUUGCUGCUUUUUGUGGAUACAUUGAACUCACUGAAUGGGCCCUGAAGCAGGGUGCGCGGCCCCACGAGGCAGUCGGUGUUCACCCCUAUAGAGCAUGGUGCCAUGAAGCCCUUCAUGCAGAUGUCUCUAAAUGCCCCAUUCAUGUAGCCGCAGAAGCAGGCCAACUGUUGAUUCUGAAGGCCUUUGUCAACUGCAGCGUGCUGUGCCUGGAAUGCAAAAAUGCAGCAGGACAAACUCCCCUGACCAUUGUGUUCAAACACAAGCAUAAAGACUGUGUAUUAUAUUUGCUCAGUAAAAUGUGGUCCACAGUUUCUUUUCCGAAAAUUUCAGUCCCAAUGAGGAUUUACAUUAAAAUAAAACAAUGGAUCCUCAGAGCUCAGAGUCACAGUCUUCAUAAAAGCCAGUUUUGUGGAGCAAGGGUCUUUGGGGCAAAAGUUGGAGACACUGUGAUGGUGGAUGGUUUUACCAAACCAAAAAUGACCUCCAAGAGCUGGCAUAAGGCUGGGAACAGUGACUCACAAAGCAUCUUGCUCAAGCUACCAUCUCUCAGCAAACAAACUGCAAGUAGCAAACCUGUGAGUCCUUUGGCAAUUUCACAGCUGGACACAAAAGAACAAGCCCUCAAAUUUCAUCCACUGGUGAAUGCAAGUACAUUCUCUGAAUUACAAAAACAUCAACAACAAAAUCAGAAAAAAAUUACUGCCACAGCUAGGAAAAAAGAAAAGCUCAUAAAAAACACGUAUCUUCCCCAAGUCCCCCUCCCUCCAGUUUCAAGAGUGGGAUAUUCACAUCCAUCAUUUUUCUAUGCAACACCCAGUGCUGACUUUUUACUGAAGUCCUCCUUCUCAUCUUUCUCAGAGCACAGUGGGAAGACUCCAAGGGAGAAUGCAAUCUACUGCUUAGCUGUGGCAAGUGCCUUUAAAGAGAAACGAUGGCUUCAGCAGUUACAAAUAGCAAGAGUCCUGGCCAAAAAGAGCAUUUCUAACUUGACCACCCGAGAAGGUCUGACAGCAUAUGAAAACUCUCUAGAAAUUGUGCUUUGAAAAAUCAUGACAACCUCAGUUUGGACAAAGACCUGAUCAAACAGAAUGUCCAGUUCUAAUGUUAACAUUUAUAAUAACAGUUCUAAUGUUGUCAUCUCUAGUAACAGUUAUAAUGCUACAUAACUUUUAAUAGGAUAUUUAACACCAUGUUUUCUUGGACUUCAUCAUGCUAACUGAAAAUUUAGUGCUAUUGUUGUAUAAAGAAUAUGAGGAAGAAUUCAGAAGAAACUGAGAAUAGUAGUAAUCCACAAAGUAGGGAAGCUGAGACAAUGGAAAACAAGGAAGUGAGAAUUUUUACAUUUUCUUUUUUUGUUUUUCUUUUUUUUCUUUUUUUAAGUGUUUUGGUUUUUUAAGCCAUAUUAAUGUAGAACAUAGUU